AUGACGCUUCCUGCUCGCCCUCGAAUUGCUGAGCGUCCGGCGCCAAUCAUGCCAGUGAUAGGAGUUAACAACUCGUAAUCAAACUAAGCAGCACAUAAACAAAAAACAAUCUUACGAGUUUAUUUUUGUUGCUGGCAGGGAAGUCGGUGGUCUGCCAUUCUCCUGUCAUUGGGUAAAGAACUUGUUUGCGAAUGUUGAAGCUGAGUGAGGCUCGCCCUGUAUAAAACUCGAGUGAGCAGGGGAGAAGUGCAGGCAGAAGAUCCAAGGUAACUUCUUUAAACUGAGGUCUUCAGCUUUCAUCAAUACACCAUGAGUGACAGCGACAGCCAGUUUCACAGCGUGCAGGUGGGAGAUUCAACAUUCACGGUGCUGAAACGCUACCAGCAGUUGCGGGCAAUAGGGUCUGGAGCUCAGGGGAUAGUCUGUUCUGCACUUGAUACAGUACUUGGUUUACCUGUUGCUGUCAAAAAGUUGAGUCGUCCUUUUCAGAAUCAAACCCAUGCAAAGAGGGCUUAUAGAGAACUUGUUCUUCUAAAAUGUGUCAACCAUAAAAAUAUUAUUAGAUUGCUAAAUGUUUUCACACCACAGAAGUCGCUUGAAGAAUUCCAGGAUUUGUAUUUAGUUAUGGAACUGAUGGAUGCCAGCUUGUGUCAGGUUAUCCAUAUGGAUUUAGAUCACGAGAGAAUGUCCUAUCUUCUUUAUCAGAUCUUGUGUGGUAUCAGACACCUCCAUUCAGCUGGCAUCAUACACAGAGAUUUGAAGCCGAGUAACAUUGUAGUAAAAUCAGAUUGCACUUUGAAAAUCCUCGAUUUUGGCCUUGCAAGAACAGCAUGCACAAAUUUUAUGAUGACCCCCUAUGUAGUAACAAGAUAUUACAGAGCGCCAGAAGUCAUCCUUGGUAUGAAGUACAAGGAAAACGUUGAUAUCUGGUCAGUGGGUUGCAUCAUGGGUGAAAUGGUUAAAGGCUGUGUGAUAUUUCAAGGCACUGAUCAUAUUGAUCAGUGGAAUAAAGUAAUCGAGGUGCUAGGCACGCCUUCGUUAGAGUUCAUGAACAGACUGAUGGAAACGGUCCGGAAUUACGUGAUGAACAAACCGCAGUAUCCAGGAGUUCACUUUGAAGAACUCUUCCCUGACUGGGCCUUCCCGUCCGAUUCAGAGCAUGAUAAACUGAAAACAAGCCAAGCAAGAGAUCUAUUAUCCAAAAUGCUAGUAAUAGACCCGGAAAAGAGAGUUUCUGUGCAAGAAGCAUUAAGCCAUCCGUACAUACACGUCUGGUAUGAUCCUGCAGAAGCUGAUGCUCCUCCUCCACAGAUUUCUGAUAAGCAGUUGGAAGAGAGAGAACACAGCAUAGAGCAAUGGAAAGAACUUAUCUACAAAGAAGUUAUGGACUGGGAGGAAAGAAACAAGAAUGGGGUUGCUAAAGAAGAGACAUCCGAUGCAGCAGUGAACAGCAGUGCCACCGCUUCCCAGUCCUCUUCCAUCAAUGACAUCUCGUCCAUGUCGACAGAGCAGACACUGGCCUCAGACACCGACAGCAGCAGCAUCGACGCCCUGACUGGGAACCUGGAGGAAUGCCAGUGACCCCCCCCCCCCCCCCCCCGCAAAGAGACACUGCUUGACACAGGGGUACAAAACAAAACUAAAGCUCUUGCUUCAGUGUUGGACCUAAAUGUUCACUUGUGGAAACUAAGCUGAACCAUAUUGUGUAUGUACUAUGUUUGCUGUGUAUGAAAAUGUAGUAGAACAGUUAUGCUUGUCAGUUUGGGGCUUGGCAAACUUGGCAAACUGCUUUUGCAGUUAAAGCUUUUUUUUAUUAUUUACUUCAUUUAUAAAUAUGAAAUGUGCUACCAAGCCAUCAAUUGAGAAGUAUAUGUUCUAUUUUAAGUGAGAUAUGUCUCUGUGCAUGUUGUACAAAAGAGAUGCCUAUGCUUUACUUAAUUACAUUAAAAUUGCCUUCAGUUUCAUUUAGAUUGUAACAAUAGUACAGUACACACUCAGCACUUGACUUCAUGUUAAAACUGUGGGAGGGUGGGGAGGUUUAUCUUUUGCUGUAUUCUUUGUGACGUUUGUAUGUGUUAAAUACACACAUAUACAAAUAUAGACAUGACAUUUACGAAUCAAAUAAUUUAUUUUAAAAACAUUUUUUUUUAAUUGAAUAUUGCAGGGUUUGGCUUAUCACAAGUAAGUUGUCAAUCAUGCAAGUAAACACAUUUUUUGUUUUUUUUGUUGCUGUCGAUGAAUAGCAUCUUUGUAUAAUACACGUGUUUCUUUAAAUCAUUCCACGAGGAAAUGAAUGGGAGGGGUGUAACAUUUUACAUACAUUGGAAUGUAUUAAAUUGUGCAGGAGGUGUGCACUUUACAGUUUAAAAAAGUAAAACUAUAUUGUUGUAUAAAUGCAUGUUUUUAAACAAAUAACUGGGCUUCAAAGACAGAAAACACAUAUUUUACUUUUGAACUGAUCUGGGAAUCGAGAUUCAAGUUGUAUUCAGACUACAAGCAAUCUCAGAAUAGAGAUUCUAGCUGUGUUCAGACUAGAAGCAAUGUCAGAGCAGUCCCCCAGACAACUUCUAUGAGACCGGUCUCAGAUCCGUUCUGUUCACACACACUUUAGUUAAUCAAUCUGAGGGGGCUGUUUCUUGUCAGAAUCAUCCUAAAUGAGACACUGCAUUAUGGUGACAUUUUUUAGAUGUUGGUAGAUCUUCCCCAAGUAAAAAACAUUCUGAAUUCUCGAAUUGUGAAAAAACAAGAGCGCACGUUAUACAAAUCCAAAGAUAUCUUUGAACAGUACCAGGCGGGAACUUCAGGAAAGUUAACACGCACAUGCAUUGUGAUCAUGCAAAAUGUGUACUUAGCUAUUUAAAUAGGCAUUUCUUCUCUAAGAAAGAGGAGGAAAGAUGAGGAACAAUUGGACUUAUUUCAUGGUCUAAAGAGCAGAUCUUGUUUAGAUUUAAAUAAUUAAAGAAGAAUGCAAAAGCAGCUUUCAUUUUUUCUGCUGGAUGUGAGUGCAGCUGUGCUGGGCAGACACUUCCUGAGGAUAUGCAGCCCUUUGGACCUGUCUGCUACUGUGCCAAACCUUGACAUUUCACAUACUCCAAAUAACCCUUCUCUUACCACCACGUUUCUGUAACUCUGUUGAAGAUCUGUCAAUAAAAUAUUGAGUAUUUUCUAAUCUCUUACCUUUACCACAUUCAGUCGUUAUACAUAUCCACUCAUGAAUGGGGGCAUUUGUGUGUUUUGAUUACUUUGAACCUAUGCAAAAAGCACAAAAUGAAGCUUUACCGUUCCAGAGCUUUAGUUUGUCCCUUGUGUUGCCACCGAUAACGGCAGUUCUCCAGCCCAGACCAUGAGGUCCUUGAAGGGACUUGAGAGAAAACCAGGAAGUUCAUGUUCCUGCUUUAGGUGAUUGGGGGUAAAACUAGAGGGUGCAGCGUAAAUCUCCUGAACCUUUGCCAGUGCUUCACAGUUUAUAAAUUCAGUUUCAUCAUUCACAUGUCAAGAUGUAAGACAGGAACUACGGCAUUGAUAAGAGAUUAUGAAAUAUAUUAACUGAGAUGAAAUGCUUACAAUUGUAGAUAAAUGAAGCAAAGAACUUGCUAAUCAUUUUUUUUUCUUCUAUCACAUUUGCAAAUUUGGAAAUCCUUUCCUGUCUGAUGUGAGGGGUUUUUUUUUUCGCAGGAAAACUUAUUUUCUUUAGUUUUACUUCUUAUAUAUGGUUUAUCUUUGUAACAGUAGCUUUCUUCUUAUUUAUUUAUUUUUUUUAAUGGAUUAUAAUCUUUCUGUGGCCUUAUCUGGUCAAAAAGUGCUUCUUUAUCACUUAACAAAAAUAACUUUUGCCAUUUGCUAUUCAGCUCAUUUCACUCUCUAUCAAUGAAAAACCAAACCCUGUUGAGGACGGAAGUCCUUGAUUUUAAAAUGAUAUAUGUAUGUAUGUGUGUGUGUGAUUGUCAAUCAAUGUAGGGAUUUUAUAGAACUUGCUGGAUCAUUGUUGAGAACAUUAAACCUUACAUUAUGAAUCUUGCCUUAAUGAGUAACAUACAAUCCUGUAAAUCUGCACUUGAACUUAAACGCCUCAUAUCAUUUAGUGGAACUCAGUCCUGCAAGUCCAUAUACAGUCAGUGUCAAUUGAAAACGAUUAAGAACAGUUGAAUGAAGAAUGUUUUCUUUACCAUCAGUCCUCUUAAGUUUCCUCAGGUUCCCAAUUUAACAUUUUGCACAUCGAGUACCAGCACUUCAUUGAUGCAAACAUAACCAGGGAAAUCAGUAAUCUAAGCAUGCAAGGAACAUUUCUAAAGGAGACUGACCAUGUCUUAUCAGUUUUAACAACAACAGAUAUAUGUUUUUUAAUCUCCAAAGGGCUUAUUGUAUAUAUUGGGAUAAGGAAUGCAAUGCGAGGGAGUCAAAGGCACAUCUACCAUUGGAUCACUUCCAAAGUCUGUUGCAAUUUAUUCCUACUCCCUCUCUGUUGGUUUAGAGUUAGUAACUGAGAAUGCAUGAAUAGGCUUUUGGAAUAGUUUGAAAAAAAAAUGAAAAUGCUAUGGUUAUGAUUCAAGACCUGGCAUUUUAUGCAGUUCUGUACAUCUAGAUAAAAUCAUAUAUGAUAUUUAAUACAAGCAAGAGGUUCUGUUUGUGGAAUGAAGUAAAGCUGAUGCAAAAUGCAUUUGUUCAUGCAGUUUACAUUUCAAGUUUAAUCACCUCCAAUCAUGGAGCAUAUAUAUAUAUAUAAUUUUAUUUUUUUAUUUAGUAGUCGCCAAUUGUUUUUUUAUCAUUCUCUCCCAAUUUAGAAUAGCUCAUUAUUUUUGGGCUCAGCUCACCGCUACCACCCCCACACUGACUCGGGAGCGGCGAAGACAAACACGCUGUCCUCUGAAGCAUGUGCCAUCAGCCAACCGCUUCUUUUCACACUGCAGACCCACCAUGCAACCACCUCAGAGCUACAGUGUCGGAGGACAACGCAGCUCUGGGCAGCUUACAAGCAAGCCCACAGGUGGUCGGCCAGACUACAGGGGUCGCUGGUGUGAAAUAUGUCGAGGACACCUUGGCCAACCUAAGCCCCCACCCCCUGGCGCUCGGCCAAUUGUGCGACACCCCCUGAGAGCUUCCAUCCACGGUCGGCAGUGGAAUAGCCUGGACUCGAACCGGCAACAUCCAGGCUAUAGGGCGUAUCCUGCCCUCCACGCGGAGCGCCUUUACUGGAUGCGCCACGCGGGAGCCCCUGCAGCAUGAUUUAAUAUGUAACUGAAUACAGACUUUUGUUUCUGUAGGCCAACUGAAGGAUACUGCGUGGGGGGCUAUCUCGUUGAAACUUUGCCCAGACAUCCUUAAAGAUUCAUGUCUAUGCUGCUGACUUUCACAGGAAAUGCAUGCUAAUCUCACACCCUUGAACAAACAAGUCUGUGCAAGACUAUGUGGGGCCAUUUCACAAACUCCCAGGGAUCAGGCACAUGCCCAGAUCACAGAACUGCUUUGAAAAGCUGGUGAACUCUGGGAAUCGUCAGCUGCGUUUCCACUGAUCAAACCUAGCUCCGAUAUGACUUGCUUAAGUAAAAACAAAAAUGCAUUAUAUUCAUACUCUCUGUAAUCACCCUUGUUUUAUGUUCUCCUUUUACUCUUAAAUAAUAUUUGUUGUCAUAUUGGAUGUCGCUUAAGCAGAAUGUUUUACAAAUCAUCAAGAGACCUGUUAAUAAAAAACGCAAUCGAUAAUGGUUAGUAAAACAUUCUGCAGGUUGAGUGAGCUGAAACCAUGAAAAGGCAUCAUAGGGCAAUUUCACAUUUAGAGGAAGAUUAACAAAGGAUUUGAUACAUUUCUCCCAUUAGCAUAUCAGACUUUAUUAUAACUUUUACUGUGAUGAUACCUGAUUACUCCAGCUUUACUUAUUAUUAAGACCACACAUCAGCACCUCACGCUUUCUGUGGUGCACAUGGCAUAAUACAGUGUACCUCCUAACCAGAAUAUCUAUAGUGUGCUGGCAGUCAAUAUUAUACAGAAAAAUGACAGGGAAUUGGUACACAGAUGAGAGGCAAGAGACAGUUUUAAAGGUAUGUUUAUUAUCCAUUUUAAUUUUCUUUUUUGGAUGGCUUUACAAACAGAUUGUCAUUCCAAUUGUAGUAGAAAUGAUUCCUGAAGAAGAGCAUAUCUGAGCAUGGUGUUGAACACUGGAAACAAAGCUUUAAUGUGUUUGUUGGCGGUUUUGAGCAAGAAUUAGACUAAGUAGCUGUUUUUCAAGUAUUGCUUAUAUAUAUACAGUAUGUAUGCGAUUGCAAAAAUGUUGAUUGCAAAUACACAGCUACCAACCUUAUUUAUCCAAGUCAUUGACUCCAGGGUGAAAGUAGCAUAUUUUUGUGGAAGCAAAAUACACUAGUAUUGUAACAAAAUAAUUUAGAAACAACUUAGGUGGAUUUCGCUUUCCAAGCAGUUUUGUCUAGUUUUGAAACUAGACAAAAUUCCACACUGGAAUUAGCUUUGAUACAUUGAGACUUAUUUAUCUUGUGAAUUAUGAAUGUGAUUUAAGGUCAUUCUUGGCUUGUUUAUCUUUAUAUGGUAAACUUUAAAUGUAGCCAGACUAAACAUUUUCUACACUUUAAAACUAAUGCCUGAAAUUGCAGCAAAUAUUACGAAAUGUUGCUAGCCUGUAUUUGAUAACUCUAGCUUCCUGUUUCUGACAUGCUGUCUCUCCUAAUUGCAACACUCCCCCUUGUGGUGUAUUUGGGAAGCUUUGGUCUGCUUUACUGUGUAUGCUACCCAUUUGUGUCCUGCUAGUUUUGUAGGAAAUUGUCCUCACAUUUCCAUGGUUGAUUAUAUUGUAAUUGUCCAUAGCUUCUGCAGUGUCAUCAGUUUGGUGCCUAGUUAUAAUGUGCAGUUGGAAAAAUGUGCUUGCCCUGCACCUAAUACUGGUGUAUUAUUAAAAUGAUCAAGCCAGCACUGAGCAAUACGAUCACUGCCAGAUCUGCUCUAAACUGGAUAAGGUGAACCUUUUCCAGAAUUUAAUUGCUUAAAGAUGCACAGACUCAUGUGGUACGUAUUACUGUCUAUAGCAGAUUUAGCAAGAAGUAGAUUUCUCAGACUGAUAACACUGCAAACACAGCAGUAAAAAAACAACAAAAAGCGAAAACAACUGGGGGCAGCAGGAGUGGAUUGUCCAUCCCGGGCCAAUCCCCUAUCCCGCCUUCUUGACAUCCACCUGAAGUGCUCUUGAAGCACAUGCUUAAUAAUUCACUCUUCACACUUUGUGAUUGUGAACCCCUUGAUAAACCGGUGGAAGGUAUGUCAUGUUUUUAGAACUGUUGCUGAACUGCCUGCCAGUAGAUCCAGCUACAGUACGAACCCCCUGUGAGCCCUAACGAAUCACAGCUUCACUUAUGACCUUCCUCAAAUCUGUUUAUGAUGGAUUUCCCUUUACAGUGUUAUUGAUCAUUAAAACGGGAUCGACCUUUUAUUCAAUAUACACCUUUGUUAGGGACUAUAGUGAUACUGCAUGUUCUGAUGGAGCAUUUUGAAUUAAAAACAUCCUGUCUUUACCUACGAAAAAUACUAUGAACACUAUUUAAACCACUCUAUUUUGUCUAAUUUAAAUAUUUGUGGAUAUGCAAAUAAUAUACUUAAAUAUCAGUCUGCACAAAAAUGGCUGCCAACGUAUUUAGCUAAUUGUUAUUUAUCUUUAUAUGCCCAGUUGGUUACCUGUCAUUUAAACGGACCAAUCGUGUCAACUGUAUAAACAAUUUAUUGUGUGUGAA